UGCUAUCAUACAAUUUUAAAGUUACCUUGAUUUGACCGCUUCUGAAUAUAUCUACAAACCUUCGAGAUAGUGAACCAAUCAUUUUACGACAGUUUGACCUUCUAGUGCUCGCAACUUCCAAUAUUAAUUGACGAUACCGUCAAAUCGUUGCUGUAAACGUAAGUAGGCAACAAUUCCUUACAUGUCUCUCUGACAAAGUAGGGAGCCGAAUAAUUUCGUGACAGAUACGCUGUUUCUAGCAUACAUGUUGGGCUUCACUUCAUAAACUUCUCUUUACCCUAGUUACUGUGGCGUUGUUUAAUGAUCAUAUGAAAAUUUUGGUUCUGCAUGAAAAUACUAACAAUCCAUGUAAAAAGGUUCAUCAUUCAUUUAAGUCGUUCGACCAAUAUUUAACCCUACUAUAUUCAACUUGACAAUGUGGCUGGGUUCUAUGGUAUUCCACUGAAUCUAAGGUCCAACCUUUUUCCCAUAACUGAUUCGUGUGUUAAGGACAAAAUUCCUUUAACCUGUGCUGGUCCUAGUAGGGCUCUGUGGCAGUCUAAUCUUAUUUUGAAUCAAGGAAUUUAAUGUUCAGACCACUUCUGGUAACGGGUGACAAGCUAAAUGACUGAUGAAAAUCCUGUAUGACACGGACAUCUUUCGUUUUUGGCUUUUGUACUCGACUACUGUGUUCUCUGGGUUGUCCUGAUCUGGUAAGAAAAGAAAAGAGAUAUAUCAGGUCUGAAAUCAUGUUUCAGAAUUCUAUGUAUUAAAAUCAUUUCACCUCUUAAUCUGCGGUAGGAGAGAGUAAAAGCUCUAGCGUCCUAAGUCGCUGUACGUAUGGCAGAACCCUGAGUUCUGGGAUUCCAUGGGUAGUUGCCCCCUGUACACUUUCCAUAAUUUCCAACUGAUCUUUUAUCUAAGUAGUGUAUGAUAAGUCAGGAGUCUAAGACGCUGUCUUGUGGUAGUUGUGGUUGUAAGCUGAAUCCUUCAACUGCUAUAGUUAUGAUACACCUACGGUUUGUUAGUUUAUUGAAGCAUUUUCAGGAAAUAUAUGAUGAACAAAAGUGAGACCAUUCAGAUUAUAUCAGUUUCAGUCUUGAAAGGGCAGAAGGCUUGAUGGUUUGUGUUAAUACUGGCAAUGAUCUCUGAGUUCAUCCAACUUUUUUUGAAUGAGUCGAGGUGAUGAAUUCCACUCGUUGAUGAUUCGAUAGGAAAGUCGAUAGUCAGCUGACAAGUAAUUUGUUCGGGGCUUGUGAACUUCUUUGGAGUGUCCUCGUUAAGUCUCUGUUUCGGAAGACAAGGAAAACGAGGGCACAUCAGGUGCAAAUUUAUCACUAGGCAACUUGAAAACUGUAAUCAAGUCGCCUCUAGUUCUUCUACGGGAGCUUCUCUAUUCCGGAAGUCAGAUUACUUACGGUUGUUUGAGUCGUUUCCAACGGCUCACUGUCUCUUCAAGCAGGGGCUAGUCGCGUGUAUGCAGUACUCGAGUUUUGGACGAACGAACUCUGUAAACAAGGUCACAAAGCAACAUUUGUUAUGGCGUUGACAUGGCUAACAGCUCGACGUAUUGACCAUAGGAUUCGGAAACCUAUGGUGGGUAUCGCACGGUAUUGUGCAUUAGUUUUUAGGUCUUGGCUAACGACGACUCCUGCGUCAUUGUGUUUAUGGACGACUGGUUGCUCAGUGUAAUCCACCGUGUAUGUAUCUGUACUUUGAUAACCGAUAUGCAUCACAAUGUACUUGGAAGCAUUUGUCGGCAACUGCCAAAUUUUAGAGCAUUCAGAUACUUUCGUCAGGUCAUUUUAAAGCUCUUAACCAUCUCCACAUUUUUUGCUCUUCAUAUCUUAACAUAGUCAUCAUAUGGCAAGACCGGUGAUAAUAGGAGACUAGGAAGGUCAUUUGCAUACAGUAGGAACAGCACUGGCUGAAAACCCGUACCCCGAGACACUCCGCUACUCACAGUUUUCCAGCUAGACAAAUUUGAGUUCAUCUGUACUCUUUGUUAACGCCCAAGUGGGAAGUGAGGAACUUUGUCAAAAGCUUUGCGGAAGUCGAUGUAGCCUAUGUCUAUGGGUUACUUUUGGUCUCCAAGUUUAUUAGUCAAAAGUUCACUUAGAGUAUGAACUGAGUGGUGGUUAUGAGUGGACUUCUCAAGCAAAUCUUCGCCCUCUGUAAAGAUUGAUAUGUCCAACGCACGGAUAACCAGGUCGAUUAUGUAGUUCCUUGUCCACCGAUCGCUGUGUCGACGUAAACCUAUGAUGCUUGUAGAGACAAAGAAAGACACCAUAAAUAAAAUCUUUGGCAUGCGUGCAUAAAAUAUGUCCACACCAACAUGUAAUCAUUGAAACACUAACAAGUAAAUCGUGUAUAUAAAGUAUCAACAACAUACACUAUGCCAUUGUCGUAUUGUAUUCUGCAAUUACUUCGUGUCUCGAUGGCUCUACAGAAAUAUAUCUAGUACAGGGGUGGUUGUGCAUAGUUUUAACGAAGGUGACUUUCAGCUCACUACUUACUGCACGGACCUAAAAUCCAGAUUGGCAGUAGCAAUAUUUAGACCUGAAGGACAUUCAUCUGAAAUUAAGCAUAUGUGGGUGGACGACGUCACCCUCUUUCUCUAGGUUGUGAUGAUGAGUUAGAAGGUGUAUUUUAUUCGGGAAAAUGCUAAGCACUAUCAUCAUCAACUUUUGGUCUUUGGGAGCGUACCAACUUUCACGAGCCACUAAUAAGUCAGUGAGACAGGAAUAACAUAAUCUAAAGCAAUGUCGUUUUUCAGGAAGAAUUCGGUUGUCAUCGAGAUACAUAAACAACUUCCGAAUGAUCUUUUCUAAAAUUUUGAAAACCAUGCUAGUCAGGCUAACGGGUUGGUAAUUCUCAGGUUUGUUUCGUAUCUGUUUUGAAAACAGGACUUACUAUGGCGUUCUUCCAGUCUUUUGGUCAACGACCCUGGGUGAUGGAUAGAUUAAGGCAUAUACUUGGAGGGUUCACAACGAAGUUAGCUAAUUUCUCUAGUAACGUAGGAUGAAGUUCAUAGUGUCCCGUGGAUUUGCCUAUGUCAAGUUUAUUUAGCAGACCAAGGACAUCGAGUUCUUUAAUGGCCACGCUGUCCAAUGUGUGUGUGGGGGAUUAGUAUGGACUAACGGCAUGGACGUUUCUAUGGUAUAUACAUUACUAAAGUAGUUGAAGAAUACUUGAGCUUUACCAAAGUCAUCCUCCGCUAAUGAUGAAGCAGUACUACCUUCCCAUAGUGCUGGAAUAUUUUUUCUUCCUUUCGUCCUUUGGUUUAUAUGCGAAUACAAGCGUUUAGGACAUUCUAUGGAUUCCUGAACAAUUUUCUCUUCGUACAACCUUCUAGACUUAUGGAGGGUCGAGGCACAGGUACUCUGAGCUUUUCGAUACUGGGAUUUUGUCUCAUCAGUCCUCAAUAACCUUAAUCUAUCCCACAUUUUUCUUCUCUUAUGCAGGGUGCGAACCUCCCUACUGAACCAUGGUGGAGAGUUUUUCGGCCGCCUUGGUGUAGUCCAAGGGAUGUGGAGUGCAGUAUAAAUUUCAAAAUACGUCCCAAGUCGUUUCAAUUAGGGACUCUGGCUCUAUUGUUCAAUCUACUGACUAUGCUGAGUGUAUAAUAUCUUGUAUAUUUGCUUUCCAGAUGUUAGGUCUGGAUUGAGCUGACACAUGUUCGUUUUUGACAAUUACAUGGAAGUCAAAGGUUGGGACCACAUAAUCACUUUUACCUGGGGGUGGCAUGUAAUCAAGGUUCGUGACGUCAUUCUCAUAAUGGGUCGAUAUAUGAUCUAGUAAAGAUGAUUCAGGGGCGGAUUGCCUUCAGCCACAAGCGUUAUAGGCUGAAGGUAAUAUCGAAGCAAUCCGCACAGGAUGCACGUAUGCUAAUCAGAGACUGAUCAAUUGUAAUCCUAAACGUCAAUGGGAAGAUUCAAGCAACCAAUACAAAAUGAAUUGAACCUAGCGAAACAUUUUAUUAAGGUGAUGUACUUUUCUGGUUAAGUGAUUGUCUAUUUCCUAAAAAAUCAGCGCUAGUGGAUACUGGGAGAAGACCUUAGAAUUUUAUGUGAAAAUUAUAGAUAUACCAACGUUUUUCUUAUGAUUCCUACUUCCGUCCAACCUUUUUAUUUGGAAUAUAAUUACGUUCCUUUUCAACCAUCUUAUGAUUUGGGGACUUGUUGAGUGAUGUAGAGUCCAAGAAUACUAAGCAGUAAGAGUAGCUGGGUCGUAAUAAGCGAAAUUGUAAUAUCCCACAAAACUAAAAAAACAGAUGAAUACACUUUUUAGUUCUCUAUUACUGCUGUAUUUAUUUAUUUAAUUCACGAGUCAACAUUCGCAUGAUGUUUACUCAUUAAUUUUAUUUGUAUCGUUUGGUGAAGGAAAAUAACUAAUAAGUUUCGUUGUUGAUUUUUUGUUAUUUCUCAAUCACAAAUAAUUUACUGUUCUUUAAGACUUUGAGACUAUGUCUGAAGUAUCUCUUCUCCACGCGUCACCUUUUAUUGCUUUGCCAUUCGUUGGGGCAUUUAUUGGACAGAGGAUUGUUUCUAAAAAUAUGUACUGGUAUGAUACUUUGAGGAAGCCAUCGUUCUCACCUCCUAAAUGGGUUUUUGGGCCAGUUUGGAGUGCACUGUAUGGUUGCAUGGGAGCUGCAUCCUAUCUGGUCUGGAGAGAUGCAUCACAUGAGAAGGUGAUGGUUCCCUUGGCUGUUUAUGGUGCUCAGCUUUUACUUAACUGGUCGUGGGCACCUGUGUUCUUUGGACAGCACAAAAUAAAAUAUGACAGAACUUUCACAACUAACUCAUUGUUUAGUGAGUUGAAAAAUAAAGCAUGAACAGAAUGCCAAGAAAACGGGAUAAAAAAUUCGGGUGAAGCACAACGAAUACACCUGAAUUAUUCGGAUAACACUUAUCUUUUGUGCUAGUUAUAAAGUGGAAACAGCAUAUCAAUUUCGUCACAAUCAUACAUUGUCAUAAAUGUGUGACCGCUAGGCUACUUCCCGGGUCCCUUAAUUGAAGCAUUGAAUAUGUGAAUAUAUUCAUUAAUUGGAGUGCAUAGUUAUCAAAACUUUUAAUAACAAAAGGGAGCUAUGAUAAACUUGGGAAUUUUUGGCGGUGCUGUUACUUGUGUACAUUUAUUUCGUUCCAUCAAUAUCAGUGCCAGCAAUCUAAUGAUUCCAUAUGCUUUAUGGGCAGCAUUUGCUUCAGUCAUCAGUGUUCGUGUGGCUAUGCUAAAUGAUGACGAUUAGUUGAAUGAAUGUUGAUAUAACGAACAGUGCACAUUUCUAGAAGUCGUGUCUGCGAGUUUGGUCUUGUUUUGUUUAUACUUUAGUUUUUAAAUAUUUCCAGUAACUCAGGGAUAAUAAUUAGUUUAUUUUUGUUUUCCCUUUUUUCCAAAAAAUCUUUUAGUAUUUUGUGACAGUAAAUGCAAGUCGUUUUUUUCAGUUUUCUUUAUUGCAUUUGUGUAAAUCAAGUCAUAGAAGUAUUUCGACGAAAAUUCCAUAGGGAUUGGUAACUUUUACACAAAGCUUAUAAUAUUGUUGAUGAUGCUUUCUUGGUCGUUUAAAACUAGUAAUUUCAAAAAAUUGGAACAAACAAUGUGUGAUUAGAUUAGGUUAGGUAAUUUUAGAUUAUGUCACAAAAUUUUGGGAAGUAAAAUAUUUCCCAAGAGAUAGAUUGAUUGAUGCUGAAUCGCAGCAUAAAAACUAAUCAAGAAUAUGACACAAAAAUCCAAAACUAUAUACUUAACUGAAUCACCACAAUGGAUAUAAACUAUCCAUCUAGGAAGAGGAAAAUUGUAUGCUCAAGUGAAUUAAAAACCUAAAUUUGGAGCGAUAUUCGUCUAACACGGGUGAUGGUCGUUUGUGUAGUUGGUCGGGACCCCUUGGUAGCAGAUCAGGAAACAGUAGCCGUCUCUCACAGCUUCGCACACACAAUAGCCUCUCUCUAACCUGCACCACCCUCAGAGAUAGUCAUUGCCUAUAUACUACCUGGCACCCUCGCUCAGUGACUCAAAACUGGACUCAGAUUGGUCACAUCGUGACCAGCUACCACUGGAACAGUUGUCUACAAGACUGAUGCUCCUUUUGGAGCACCUCUCUUCGCCAAAAUUAUCUUGCGUUUUGGAGGCCAGAAAAUACCUUGUCUUAAAUGGACUGAUCUAAACUCUUUGGUUGUAGUUUCCGUUGCAACCGAGUGUCAAAGCGAGUUAAAUUCAAUGCUAACUACCACCAGUUCAGGAAGUGUAGAUGAACAACAACUGCGUUUCUAAGUCGUCAUACAGCUGGCGAGUUACGUCUUUUGCGAAGCGUUCCACCUAUAAACACCGGGUUUCUACAAGCUCUGUACAGCUACGUGAGAACCGUCUGUCCACUCUGGCGAACCACGAGUUUGAUGUUAAGUGUGGAUACUUAUGUAAGGAAAUUGUGCGAAUUUUGUGUGACGACCGAGAAAACUAGUGGUCGGGACUUUGUACGGGUUGGGGACAGCUGCUAUAUCUGGCAAUUACCAGAAGCUAUUUUGACUCAUUUUAACCACUGGCAACAUCAAACCUGGUAUCCACAUUAAUUGCUUCUGUCAUGCUCCUCAGAUUGUGGAAAACCUAUAAAGGGCUGAUUUUUAAGCAGUAUACUGACUUUUAUUCAGGUCGUAAAUGUAUUGACUACUUAUUAAACAAACAAAACUUUCGUUGUGGUUCGCUUUUUGCCGUACCACUUAUUAUUCUCGACCGUCACAAAUUCUAGAAAUUUGGCUAUUAUUUUUAAAAAAAAUGUUGCUACUACACUGGAGUCUGAUGAACUGUUUUAAACACUAGUAGAGUAACUGAUUAUUCAUACUGACUCCGAUGAAACCAUCUUCGUUACCCGAUUAGAUGACAUUGUAGAAAUUAUUUCUCAUUGUUUUUACAUAAAAUGUUUUACUAACUGCGUUAUACUAUCAUUGCCUGAUAGUGUUAAUUAAAGUCAACCCGCUGUUCGUUUAUUUGCCAGCCUAUUUUUUAUUAUCCGUCAACUUUGGGCAUAUAUUAGCUUGAUGGUAUUUACUCUGGUAGCAAUACAUUGUAUUUAAGCUUAUCUACAAUAUCCAAAUUGAAAGUAUAAUACUAUUUAGUGGUUGAUAUAAUCUGAGACAGUGCAAUGAAAAAUCAAUUUCAACAACAGCUAUGGGCAUGGAUAUCUCAUAUGUACUUACGAAAUAAAGAGCUGUCAUCAGCGAUUUACUACGUGAAAUGUUUCAAAAUCCAAAUCAAAGAGUUAGUUAUAAUAUAUGUAUAAAAAUGAAUCUGGUCAGAAAUUAGUGUGAGUGCAUUAGCGUGUAGCAAAGAUUCUAAUAAAGUCAGGAAACUGAGUAAAAUAUUACUAGAUAGUGUACUCAGAAAAUCCUGGAAUAUUGACGGUACCGAAGACAAAAUGACUAGAAAUAAGUGGUUAUGUCAUAAGCAGACUAAAAAAAUCAGUUAAUUAAGCAAAGUAAGUCCGUUAGAAUGAAAUCUAAAAGAGGUUACUUGAUGAAAUACUCAAAUGAGCGGAAUAUGUGGAGGGAGUUGUGUUAUUAGGGUAAAGGAAGAAGACAACAGUUCCCCUCUCAGCAUAUAAAUCAGGUUUCUGGUGCUUCAUAUUGAUAGCUUUCGCACAAUCCCUAAGAUUAGAGCCAGUGUUGACUAGUAACUUGGGAAGUUUGUGUUGUUCACACGAUGUACUGAGCCCAAGGUAUGUCUAGAAAUUGAACUAGACGUUUUUAUAUACCUCUUGACCAAAAGCCUUUUGGAAUAUGUUUAAAAAGAUAUUAUUGAACAAUACAUGGACGGCGGCCUGCUUGAAUAUCUGGGCUACCUGUUCCUUCGGUCUAGAUAUUUCAUCAAGUUAUCUGUUUUGUUGAUUGUUUUAGCACAUCACUAUGUCUAUCGUGCGCACAACCUAUUCAGGCGCGUUUAUGAAAAGUUUACAACCUUUCGCUAUACGGGAUACAAAAAGGUACAAUCAGCGACAUCAUGGUGGCUGGCAAUAUGCAUUGAAACAAAUGAACAGUAAUCAAAUGUGGAUUACCGAACUUCUAACAUCUAACUGGUCAUCAUUCAAAAUUUAUCGUCACAAUCGAUCAAGGUAUAAGAAAAAGAAACUUGUUGAAAUACUUUAUGCUGAGAAUUCUAUGUUGUACCAAAAAUAUAAUGUUGAAUAAAGCUUCUAAUAAUAAAUAAAAAAAAUAAAUAAGAUAAGUUAUCGUGAUACAUAUGUCAGAGAAACAACGGCAGGUUGUUUUAGAAAACAAGAAAAUUAGUAUCAAGAUCAGACACCAAGUAACAUCACAUAUUAGCUUUUUUGAACGAGUCUGACAUCACUAUCUCAAACGUAGCUUAUGACUGGAUGAAUUUUGGGCAGAAAUUUACCACAAAAAAUAACCGGCUUGUUUAAACAGUAGAGGGCAUGAAAUAAGUGUAAUCAGUUAGAUGUGAAUCAAGGGAAUGUACUAAAUUAAAUUCAGUUCUUAGAGAUUCUUUUAAAUAAAAUGAAUAUACCCUAAAUUAACCUUAACACUAUAGAAAUAAAUGUGGUUAGAAUAUUACUACAGAUAACCAUUAUUUGAUGCUUUACAUCAACAAAUACACGAUCGAUGUCUAACGUUAACCGGGAAAUAUCAGAAAUGAAAUAAUGAUAUUUUCAGUCCAGAUAAAUGCCCUGGAUGUUACUCAGUUCCUUAAGACAGGUGGGUGAAUCGAAAAGUUUUCAUCUCCGUUCUGGACAACUUCACUAACCCUUUUGAAUGGUGCACGUGGUUUCAGAAAAAAAUUUCAGUAAUCGUAUUCUUUGGCAGCAUUCAAUUUUCGAACAGUCAGUGACUCGAAAUCGUUUAGAUAGAACCGAGUUUCCACCAUAAGCGAGCUGCUGUAUAAGUUGGAAAGUAAGGAUACGCAUUGUGAGAGUGGAAGAGGGUAAAUAAGUGAGGUGGUGCAAAGAAAUAAGUGAAUGUUAUCAAAUGGGUUGUUUGAAUUUUAACUGGAAUGAGAGCAGUAUACCCAAUAAUCAUUGUCAUUACAUUUUGAUUGUUUGAGGGCUAUGAUACUGCCCGGGUGCCCAGACCGAAGCAGGCGGUUUCCUGGUGGGCCACACCCCGAGCCUUUGACCUUAAGGUCUGAGACACAAGACAGUAGAGCUACGUAAAAAAAUGCAGUCCCAUGGUAUCAUGUGACCGACAGUUGCCUUAUACGCCGUUUGGUCCCUCAGGAUACUGGAGCUCGUGUGCACUAUUGGUUUAGAGUCAGGGUUUCCCAACUCCCCUAGG